AUGACUUUCAUCAACGCCACGGCGCCGCAGAUCCAAUGUGCGUCGCGACUCCGGAUCAUUGACGUCUCAGUAACAGGCACAACGGCUUCAUUGAUGGCGCCGAAGAGGAAGAUCCAGAGAUUGACCUGUGACAACGGCUUGGAAGGAUACCUGGACAAGAUGGAAACGGGCUGCCACAGAUGCAGGCCGGGCUUCUUCCAACUUCAGGGCGGUCCUGAGAUCAGGAACGACAACCAGGUCACCGGCCACAACUGCAUCCAGGCGCCUCAGGGAUCCGAGCAAAUCGAUCAAAUUCUUCAAAUCCGGCCGGGCUUCAUGGUGGCAAGAAGCAACCUGUCCACCAGCCUACGCUGUCCGAAUGUGAUGGCCUGCCCUGGGGGACAGCUCAUCGCAGACCAGGGAGUCAGGGACAUGUGCGAGCACGGCUACGAAGGUCGUGGCUGUGUUAACUGCCAAAAGAGCAGCCAUGGCCGCGUAACCAACAACCCUUUCGCCUGCGCUGCCUGUGCCCAGAGGCCCUUUCGCAAGGUCUUUCAGUGGACCUGGUUCAUCCUCCAGAAUUCGGGAAUCUUUGCGAUAUCCGCAUCAGGUGUGCUGAUGGUCGAACAGGAGAGCUACAAGAGCACCAUCCUCACCAAUCAGCUCAUGUCCUAUGUCACGGUGUCCCUGCCGGUGCUCACUGCCGUCAUGUACUCACAGACGUUCCGGAACACGGCAGAGAUCGUUCAGGACCUCCUGCACACCCUUCAGAUUCCCGUGGAGAUCGCGGAUUCGGGGGGAGGCCUUGCCUGUAGCCAUACCGUGAAGAGAAGCAUCAAGAACAGUCAAGCACAUGGUUUUUUAUCCAGCGGCAUCAUCAGCAGCAGCAUCAUCACCUCGCGGCUUCUCCCCGGAAUGAUGCUCGUGCUUGCUGCUGUGGCAAGAGCCGAGGUGAAGGACUAUCGGUUCAAUGCUUGCUGGGUCCUUCGGCUGCAUCAAAUCUGUCGCUACAUCGGCCUGAAGAAAACACUCUACGGAACGGAUGUGGUCUUCGCUGCGACGGCCCUGUGUCUCAUGGCCAUUCUCGGAUGGCUCGUGGAUUUUUGGUCGGCGGUGGUGGUUGGCUUCAACUGCUUCCUGCCAAGGAUCUGUUUCUGCCUCGGGAGGCAUUUGGUGUGCUACCGCAUGCUGCCGCAGGCCCAGGGAGGUGAAAUGGUCUGCGGCUUCGAAGAGGACGCCCACAUUCCCAAGCCGAUGGCAUGUGUGAUGAUGGUUGUGUGCUUCCUGGUCGGCGCCGGCAUGUGGGCCGUGCUUCUCAGGUAUCGAGGCGACAGCUCGAGCCCAGGUGUGAUGUACCUCACCAACGCAUAUACCACGGAAUGCCGGAUGUGGGAGAUCACCGUCCUCCUGCGGAAAAUGGCGCUCAUGGCCGUGAAUGCCAUCCUUCCCGUGACGCUACACGCUUCGAUGCAAAUGGAGUGCAUCAGCAUGAUCCUGCUGAUCUCACUGGUCAUGAACCACCGAUGCGCCCCUUACGUCUCGAAG